CAUCUGGAGUUACAUCAAGGGAGGAGGUUUGCACUCAGCCUGCUGAUGAUGCUGGUACUUCCACCAAGCCGUCUACAAGUCCGAUCCCCCAAACAUCUGGAGUUACAUCAAGGGAGGAGGUUGUCACUCAGCCUGCUGAUGAUGCUGGUACUUCAACCAGGCCGUCUACUAGCCAUGGUGUUGGCGUAUCAGACGACACCUCAAGUUCGCAAAUAUCAGAACCGACUCUCUCCAAUGUCGCUCGGAGGCUUGAUCACGAUUGGAAGGAUCUUGCAAUUCACCUUGGCUUCACAUCCGCAGACAUCUCGACCUUCGAGGCCGACAACCCAGGCAAUGUCUACUAUCAGAAAUUCCAGAUGCUGGUAGCAUGGCGACGACUGCAGCCCACCAUUGGAGGUCAGAUGGACGUGUUGUGUGGAGCAUUGGCCCGGAUCGACAGAAAUGACAUCGUCAUGUUCCUUCAAGGUCCUACUGGUGGAUUCGCACCCCGUACUGAUCUGACGAAUAUCCAGCAGCGUGUUAUGGAGUACAACAAGGAUACAACAAGCACCAUCCCUGCACAUCCCUUGGAUCCUUCCAGGACUUUGGAUAUUGACCAGUUUUCUCAACUAGAGCUCACUCAGAAAGUAGAAGGUAAUGAGACGACACAGGAACCCAUUGAUUUACCGGAGGGGAAACGGAAUUUAGAUAAACCUAGAACGAAGCCCCUAUAUUCGUGUGAAGAUAUGCUUGACGUUUUAGUAACAAAGCUCAGGGUCCUUCUUUCAGGAAGGGCGGGAUUUGGCAAGUCUACUCUUUUAUUGAGAGUUGCAAAUGCGAGCACUGAUCCAAAUUCCGUGAUGGCAAAGUUCAAACUUGUGUUCCCAUUAAAGUUGAGCCAAAUGCAAAAGACAAGCUGCGUCCUUGAGGCCAUACGCGACCAGAUUUUACCUGGCAUUGAGAAGGCAGUUUUGAAGAAAGUUAUUGAUGAUAACGAAGCGGACACAGCUUUCCUAUUGGACGGAUUGGAUGAGAUUCCAACCCGUGUUCUCAAUUCUCCGGCCCCGGAAGGUGGCUAUGGGAUCAAGGACAUCUUGUAUAACAAGGUGUUGAGACGCAGUACUGUCUUAGUAUCAACUCGGCCACACAUGAUUGACUUUGCCACCAAGGGAUACCCGCACUACACCCGAUUAAAAACUUUGGGUUUCACACUCGACACUGCAAAGAAAUACAUAACAUCCUACUUUGCUACAAAAAGUGACGCCAAAAAUGGUGAAUUAUUAAUUUCACACGUGACAUCCACCUCAUUGAUGCGCACACUAGCCAAGAUUCCAAUUCUUGUACUCUUUCUGUGCAUAAUUUGGGAUAACCUGUCAAAAUUGCCUGAUCAAUUAAUGGCACUUUACACACAGUUUGCUGAUGUUCUGGUCAGUCGCCGUUGCAAUGAAGGCGAGGAUCAGGUGGCACUGAUGAAAUCAAUCGUGCGUGGACUGGGACCAGUCGCUCUUGCUGGGUUGCUAGACCCCAAGGGGGAAAGGCUGGUGUUCUCCUCAGAGGAAUUUGAAGAGAAGGCCUUGAAGGAUGGGUGUCGAUUGGGUUUCCUUCAACAAGAAAGUUUCACGAGUGGCUUGAAGAAGAUGAAGGUAGUAGCUUUCGUACACAAGUCUAUGCAAGAGUACUUUGCAGCAUACUACUUUGCCAAUUUGCAUCACGAAAACGAAGAGGAGUUUCAUGAGAGGUUGCAGCAGAUCAAUCCAGGCAAUGUCUGUGAAAUGGAAUAUCUGCUUCGGUUUGCAUGCGGUAUAUCAUCGGGGUCUCCGGCUACUGCGCUCAUCCUCGAUCACGUACAAAAACAACAUAACAGGGAAAUUUUUUUUCACGAAUUUGAACUGCAGAAACUGACGUACCUCAUGUUAUUGGAGUCUGAUUGUGGCAAACUGGCUGAUAAGCUAGACCGACCAACUAAAGCAGAAUGUGGUAGUCAGGAGGAUCUGUUAGCAAUACGCUAUUACUUGCAGUGUCUCUCGCAGCCACUAAUAGAACUUAAGAACUUAGCUGUUGGCUGUAGAUCGCAUGAAGAAUUGACGUCGUUGAGGGGUAUUGAUAGACUACUGCAUAAUAACACUACAGUAAGCAUUGAUUUAGGUGUCACCGGUAGAUUGCAUGAAUGCCUGAAGCUGCUGGGAGAGAUACUACCGAUUGAUAACAUCAGGUCAAUCAGGAGAUUUCGGGUGUCUGUCGCGUACACCGUGUCGGAUAAACCAGACGAGGAGAUGCAGACAGCCGUAGUGGUGGAUGAGAGGCUUCGUGAUCAAAUAGAGCUUGAACUGCAGAUUGGUGAGAAGUAUCACCUUGGUGAGUGUGUGUUAGGAUCCCUGUCUCGUGUAUGCAAGCAGAUCAUUAAGAAAGUCGCACUGUGGUGCAGAACGUAUGAUGACGUCAUUAGACUAGCGAAUGCACUGACUGGUUGUGAUAGGUUGAAACACGUAUCUUUGUCCUAUACCAACCUUAACGGUCAUCUGGCUGGUUUAGCCCCUCUUGUUCCUCCAUCCCUGUGGUUGUUGGUAUUAGCCUCAUGUGGACUGAAUAAUAAUGACAUCCCUGACCUGAUCAGCAUCCUCCCUGCUGGGCAUGGUUUGCGGUUGCUUGAUGUUCGUGGCAAUGCAUUCAGUGUGGUUGGAGUGGAGACUCUCACUGCUCAUCUCAGGAAUCUGCCUGAACUAGGCACGUUCUCGCUUGAAUACAAAGGUCACGAUGCAGAGCGUGUCAAGCAGCUGGUCAAGCAAAAUCUUCCCAACGUCUUCUUACUUUAAUUAAAUGAUACAAAUAAAUACAAUUAACUGUUUGAUAUUCGUACCAGUUACAUCACCAACAUUGCCAAUUGGGCCUUUGGACUAUUUCGAAUCUCCAUAUUAGUAUUGUUGCCGUCAUCAUUACAUGUCGUCAUCAUCAUUAUGUUUCUAUGUAAAUCACAACAAGACACACAUUCCGUAAAAAUACACAAUGAGAUAGGCGCGGUUCCCGGGGGUGGAGGUUGAAACCCCCUCCCUUCUCUGUCACACAAACAGAGAAAUAUAACAAUUAUAGUAAUAUAAUUACAUAUACAUGUAUGUCCACCUGUCUGCAACAAUCGGACAUUAAAAAUGUGAAGGGCAAGACCCCCUCCCCCCGCAAAUAUACCUGGAUCCGCCCCUGUUGACAAGUAUUACAAACUCACAUUACGUAGAGUACAUCAAGUAUCAGACAUUUUGUUCAGCAGAUUUGGCGUAAUAUUGAAUGUAUUGGUGUUAAGUACAAUAGAACACUAACAAAAAAUACAGAGCAAAAAAUACCAAAACAAAAUUAAAGAGGAAAGAUAAAAUACAUAUGUCAUCCAGGAUUGACUGUAAGCUUAGUAACUUGGUUCAUGGUCUGCCUCUGUCCUCUUGUACCUUGUUCAUAUCCCAGGACUUCGUGAAUUCACGCCCCUUGCCUUCCACCUCAGCAUGUCUACGAACGUAGCUUGGCAUUGCACUGCUUGCUUGCCUCUACACAAUCGGUACCCGGUUCACAUCUUGACAAUGUGGAAUGACUCCGCCUUAUAGUGCUACGUACUUCCCUUUCCUUUCAUCUUCGCCAGGGUUCGAAUCCAACCAUGGCUACUUUGUUGUUUUCCUUGGAUGCUCGUUUUACUCACUCUUUCUAUCCGCUUGACCUCUUCUUGUUUUGUUGUCUGUUUUAGCGAGGUUCACAUCCAACUAGGGCUUCUUUGAGGCUUAUUGACUCUGAAUCGUGGCUGUUUGUAUGAGUUGUGUUGUCUGGACAUUUGUGGUGGUGGCCAAGUACUCCCAUUGCACAACCAUUCGGCUCGAUUCCAAUCAAGGGCAAAUGUCACAGCUGCAUCACGUGGUUUCUACCAAGAACUGUUCUUUCUCAUCCCUCUCUUGCUUCUUAGACUUGAAUUUCCUUCCUUAUUUUCUCUCAACUCUAACGAAUCACCUGAGGAUUGCCAGAGACAAAACGCUGAACAUUCCUGAACACAUCCAAGGCAACGUCACAUAUGAAAUACACAUCAUGAAGAUUUCAACAUUUUUUGGCUUAGUCCCAAGAAUCUGUUCAAAAUUCCAGCGUACAGCUCAACAACUCGUCAUUUGCAUUUUUCAGUCAUAACUAUAAUGACUCACACAGCGCUGUUCUGAGCAAGUGAAACUUUAUGACAAAUUAAUAACAUUUUGCGUAAAUAUCCACUACAUGUAUUGUGAAACACAAUUGUCAGAGGUUAAUCUAUGCUCCUCCUGAAAGAAUAAUUAAUCAUUUGAAACAUGAAGAGUUUUCUUGAGCUCUGAAUGUGACAUGUCAUGUGACACGUAUGUACAGAACUUAAUGUGAAUGUGUAUUUAGUCUGGUAUCCUGUUUUAUUAAACAUCUUCAAGACUUAUUUGCAUUCUGUUUUAUUUGUUUACUGUUUAUUACCAGUAAUACGAUGUCAAGAUUUGUCAAUUCCAUUGUCUCGAAAAUCAGUUUGACAACUGGCGAUGAAGGUGACAUUCUAAAUUAUCUUUGGUACAUUAAAUCUGAUGAAAAGUACAAUAUGGUACUAUUUCGCAACAUUAUUGCUUUUUUAGUUUCUCAUUUUACCUCAUUUCAGCAGUACAUUAAUCGUAAAUUUACAGACGUCCGGAAUCCAUGUUAUCUGUGAUUUGUUACGAAUCUACAGUUUACUGUGAAUUCGCAACGAACCUACAGUAAACGCUCGAUUCCUACUAUAAUACCUCUAAUAAUCUACACUUUUAAUAAUAGUGUGAUAUCGCAAAGAUAGUUUAAUAUGUAAGAACAUUGUACACUAUGUAUGUUCAAUGUAUAUAACAGCUAAUGCAUAAGAUAAAAUUCAAGCUAUAGUCGAAAAUAAAUUCAUGGAUUCCAGAGCAAGGUUUUUUGCAACCAUUUGUUUUGUAUUUGAAUUUAAAAAUGAAACCAAGGUUUCCACAACUUUUGUGUGAGACGUUCCACUGAUCAAAUUAUCCGUUUUGGUAAUCAUUAGAAUGUCUGUGCGUCGUGGAUUAAUUUACUUGUAAGCCUCUUUGUUUAGAGUUUGAUGUAAAUCAUUUAUAUGAAAUGAAGGUUUUCCGAAUUGUCUGCUAUUCGUUCCGACCUGGAUACAUGUAAUGAAUGAUGCAAGGUCGUAAUCUCUUCCAUGUUACUUUUGCAACGUCUAUGACUACAACUUGUGGUUGAAUUUAACAGAAAUUCUUACCCAAACAAUUGGUUAUAGUUUUGUUAUGUUGUGUUUUAUUCCACAAAUAGGAACAAACCCAAUGACCCUGGGAAAGGGCACAACAGUGAAAUUAAACAUACAAUAUUUGG